UGGACGCAGCCUCUGACACAGUCCGGCCGGGCACAGAGGGUGUGCGUCUUCGACAAAACCCUCCCCCACAAGGCAACACGGCACACAAAAACUGGCGCACAUCGGCAUGUGCCUGCGUUGGGACGCCUGUCGCAAACGUCGAAUUAAUUGCAUACCACUGUAUUGAAGGCCGAAUGUUGUUGUAUACAGUCUUAGACAACUUUGUAUCCGCUCGCUUUUCUCUUUGGCUCCUAGGAGCGCUUCGGCCAGACCGUUGUGGGUCCCCCCGGUACUGACUUCUGUUGUUUUUCUGCGGCGCUGCAGAAGCCCCUUGUUUGUUAAACUGUUUUUUUUGUAACUCAAAAUGAACGUUCUUGCAUACGGCACCGCUGAGCAGCGGUCAGUGAUGGACACGGUGGAGCAAAUGCAACACCACCAGGCGGCCAUCGCGGCAAACCGGACAUUCGCCAGCGAAGUUGCGACCCUCACAGAGGCUGAUUCUCAGAAUGUCCACGAAAUCUACGUUGCAGCGAACACGGACGUCAGUUCCUGCGAAUACUUCCUUCAACCCCAACGCAUCAACGUCCCCUACUACGUUGCCCCAACUUACGAGAGCUACGUCCCCCCCGGAGGCACUGUUAUCACCCACAUGCCGCCCCAGAUCAAAAGAAUGAAGAAGCGUACUUGCUGUGCGUGCUGCUAAGAGAAGCAAACAGUGGUCUCCAAUAAUUGAGAGUUGCAGUUCUGUGCUGCGGGCUUUCGGUGACUUGGGGACUUCGAUUGGGAAAACAUGUAGAGCUGGAGUCUAUUGUGCAGAAACGACUUCGAGAUUCCAGCUGUCUGCCACUUGUUCUCUUAUUCCUCAGAGGGGUCUCCAGGGUGCUGGGGAGCUGCAUGAUGGAAUAUUUCGCAUGUAGAGGGGAUGAAAGUCCGAAGGAAGUGUGGAAAGAAGAAUCAGCGGUACAGACGGGGAGUGAUCACCUCUGAUGUGUAUGAUGACGUCUCGAGAUCCACAGGCUUUGCACAAGCGCUCCGGUACCAAUUUGCUCACGGAGCAGCUGAGGAACUCCAAGUUGGUUGUGCAUUCGAUCCCUUACCAAAGAUGGCCAUUUGUCGAGACCGUCGUUGCAUCAUGCACACAGUUACAAGGGAACACACUUUGUGUAGUACUGGCCAGAAUUUUAGGGGGUCAGGGGGUCACAGAGUCUGUUGGAACUAUAGUGGAAAUCAGGUUUCGCCAGUGUCUUGAUGCCACCAUACCUCCGUUACAGCGUUUCGAGAAACACUGUCGGUCCCUUCUCAUGCACCGCGUAAUUUUUCAUGCUCACACAAAGUGUACGUUGCGUACCGUCCUCGGAAACAACCCUCCGCAAGUCGCAAACUUUAAUCGUUAUCUCCGGAUAAAUUCAAAUGCAAAGAUUUU